CUCUCUCUGUUCGCGUUCCGUUCGCGCUCUCUGGACGCUCACGGCACACCUUGCGCAGACGCUCCCUGCGAUCGUCACCCGACGGAUGAGCGAGGGCACCGUUGACUUGGACUCACGCCGCACGGUCACUUCCAGGACACUUUCGGGUGCAGAAGCCUCAAAGCUACAAGUCACGCAACUCAACUGUGCUCUUCUUGGCUUCUGUGAACGACAGUGAUUUAAAAAGAAUUUAUACAUAAAGCCCCCUACUACACCAAAACAUGUAAAAAAAUUAUUAACUAAUAAUAAUGUCCUCAGAGGAAAUAGUUUAUUUUCAGCUAAGUAAUGGCUUUUCUUCAAACACGUCCUGGAGGAACGGUACCCCCGGCGCCGCGGUGAGCCCGCAGCCCAUGAUCUGGUACCCGGGUAUCCUCAUCAGCGCAGUGUACGGGCUGCUCAUAGUGGUGGGGCUCGUGGGCAACAUCACGCUCAUUCGGACCUUCUGCGCGGUGAGGUCCUUGAGAAACGCGCCGCACCUGUUCAUGUCGAGCCUGGCGGUGGGCGACCUGCUCCUGCUGCUCACCUGCGCGCCCGUGGACGCCAGCAGGUACUUGACGGACGAGUGGCUCUUCGGCAGGGCGGGCUGCAAACUCAUCCCCUUCAUCCAGCUCACCUCGGUCGGCGUGUCAGUCUUCACUCUGACCGUGCUGUCCGCCGACAGGUACAAGGCGAUUGUCAAGCCGAUGGACAUACAGACAUCCAAUGCUACAGCAAAAAUUUUCAUCAUGGCUGCAAUGAUCUGGAUACUUUCCAUGACUCUGGCCAUCCCUGAAGCCAUAUUCUCUGACCUCCACACUUUCAGUAUUGGCAAAACUAAUGAGACCUUCGUGACAUGUGCCCCCUAUUCUCAUGCAGGAGACCUACACCCCAAGAUCCAUUCAAUGGCCUCUUUCCUCAUUUUCUACAUCAUACCCCUUGUCAUCAUUUCCAUCUAUUACUCUUUCAUUGCCAGGAGCCUGAUCAGGAGUGCCUCAAACAUGCCUGGUGAAGACAACUUGCAUGUCAGAAGACAGGUGGAGUCAAGGAAGAGGUUGGCAAAGACGGUCCUGGUGUUUGUGGGCUUGUUUGCGGUCUGCUGGCUCCCCAGCCAUGCUGUCUACCUGUACCGCUCAUACCACUAUGCAGAGGUGGACACCUCACUGCUGCACUUCAUCUCCAGCGUGUUCGCCCGCAUCCUGGCCUUCGCCAACUCCUGCAUCAACCCUUUUGCCCUCUACCUGCUGAGCCGCAGCUUCCAGAAGCAGUUCAACAAGCAGCUGUGCUGCUGCUGCCCACGAGCCGCUGUGAGCCUGCCCUCGACCUCGACAAAACGGAGCUCUAUGCUCAUGGCCUCUGUCAGGAGCACCAAUCACUCCAGCUUCAGUUUCCUCAAUGGCAAGCGCAUUUCGUGAUGGCGAGCUCGGGGCCCUUAACCCCCUGUUUUGGUCAUGGAGAUUGGCAUUGUGACAUUCUCA